AUGAUGUUGAAAAAGCUUGAUAAUUCAUCUAAAUUAAAACUAGUCACAAAUUUUCCACUCUCAAAACCGUCUAGUGUUACAAGUUCCGUAUAUUUUGGUAAUGCAAAUGCACAACGUUCUUUAAAAAACCAAGGAUCAUUCCAACCUUUUCGUCCUCAAUCAAAAAAUAAAGGUGAACGACCUGUCAUCAAAGUAUCAAAAAAUCCUUAUUCGCUUGUUCAAAGUCAUCCAUGGAAACCUGAAUAUAGACAACUUUUUACUCGAGAAAAAAUUAAAAAAACGAUGACUAAAGAUUCAUAUAUAACGCGAAAACAAACUAUUGCUCAUGCAAAAGAAAGUAUUACAACACAAGAAGAAUGUUGUCCUGUAUUAAUACCAGCUAAUGUUGUUCAUAUUGAAACACCAAAUAUUCAGGAACCGACGAAAUUCUUAGUACCGAGCAUUAUUCGUUACUUAAGAAGUAAUGAAUUAUUACCAUCGGAACAAUUUAUAUCACAAAGUACAACGGAAAAAUUUGUAGAAUCUCAAUUAGAAUUUGAAACACCAACAACAUUAUCGACUAUUCAUAUUAAUACAACAACUGGUAAUGCUUCAAAUUUAGUAACAAAUGAUCGAUUAUUAAAUAGAGCUAAGAUGAGAAUUGAUGCAUCUGUUAUUCGACGACCACCGAGAAGAUUAUUAAUUAAUGUAACUCAUGAAACGCUUGUACCAUUAUCAAUAUACGGUUAA